AUGAUCCAGUGUGAUUUUUGUGACGAAUGGUUCCAUCCUGCCUGUGUUGAUCUGGAAGAGGGUGAAGUUAAUGCUGUUGGAAGAUGGUACUGCCCACCAUGUACAGAUGUUAUGGCACAAAAUCCAUCACUGUCGCGUAAAGGUUUUCUUGGGUUUCAAGGGAGAGUAGCACCGAAAGAGGGAUGGGGAGAAGAAUUUUUGUUGGAGGACAUCGAUGAGUCUGUCAUUCAAGUAGAAACCAAAAGACAUUGUGUUGAAGGCUGGAACCUGUUUCGAGAAGGUCGUGUUACUGGACUGAGCAGCAAUAAAAACGGAAAUUAUGUAUAUUUCCGUAGUCAGUGUCAGGCAUCCAUGAGACAGCUGUCCUAUAAUGUGUUUAUCUGUUUCAAGGGCAGUCGAAGGCUUAAGUGGUCAACCUGUUCGUGCCCUGCUGGAAUCGAUGGCCAGUGUAAGCAUCUUGUGGCAACUUUGUAUUGUUUGAUAGAUCUGUACAGACUAGGGAUAAACAAAAUCCCAGAUGCUAAGACAUGCACACAAAAACUUCAAAUGUGGCAUGUCCGAAAACCUGUGACAGAUGAACCACUGCUUUUUUCUGACAUAAACUUUGUUAAGCAUGACCCAGAGAGACCAGUAAAAGGGGACCUUGGUUGUAGUGUGAAGCAACAUAAUCCUGUACCUGAGUUUGCAAGCACUGUGACACAGGUAAAAAUUCAGAAACUUGUUAACUUAUAUGAUUCCAAUUGUAUUAAGUUACCAGUCAUAGACACCAUCAGGACCAAUCAAUGUAUUCCAGUGUUGCCUAAACAGCAAAUGGAUGGAAGCCUUCAUUCUGAACUUUUUGAAUUAAUGAAUGGAACAGAAUAUAACUUUAGUGUGGAUGAUUACACAACUAAAUUGACUGCAUCAGAGAAACAACACUACAGUUCCAUUGUGGAAGUAAAUAUUGAAACAUCUAGAUGUAUUGAAAAGAAAACUCGAUUACAGAGUAAGAGUAAGUUUUGGUUUGACCAGCGCCAACAUAGAAUAACGGCAUCCAACUUUGGGACUUUCUGUAGACUAAAAUCAUGUACUAAUCCAAUAACAACUUUCAAUAGAAAGCAGAAGUUUUUCACGUGCAGAAGUGUCCGCCAUGGUGUAGAUUAUGAGUCAGCUGCAUUUGCCAAGUAUAGUGAAGUCCAACCCUGUGAAAGUUGCUCAGCAGGUUUAAUAAUAAAUCCCAAAAUACCAUAUUUAGGUGUUAGUCCUGAUAAAAUUGUGCUUACCAACAGUGAAUUGAAACUUGUAGAAGUUAAGUGCCCUUACAGUGUGUUUCAAAAGAAGGUCAAAAUUUGUCAACAAAUUAAGGAAAAUAAUUUCUACUUAAAAUAUGUUGACGGAGAGGUGAAACUGUCUGAGACUCAUGAUUAUUUUUAUCAAAUUCAAGGUCAGCUUAAUAUUACUGGUGUAAAUAUUUGUGAUAUGGUGGUGUUUGUGCCUCCAGAUGAUAUUGUUAUUGUUUCCAUUAAAAAAGACAAACACUUUUUUGAAAACAAAAUGCUCCCAAAGCUAUCUGAUAUUUAUUUCCAUCAUUUGUUGCCUAGCUUUGUUGAUCGCCUCCAAUACAUUCAUUUGUAG